AUGGCUCCUAAGACGAUGGUUUCCCACGAGGUGUACCUCCUUCCGUUGAAGGAUGAUGGAAGUCCGGAUGUCCCAGGCGGAUACAUCUACCUAGCACCACAGUCAUCUGCGCCCAUCAUUGUGCGCUUCGAAAUCGAGGGCACAUCUUCCAUCUGUCGACAUGGCAGCCUUUGGGUCAACAUCCCCGAGGAGGGCGCUGAGUUCAGACGGGAGAAGUUCCGCGAGUUCAAGCUCGAGCCCGACUUUAAUCGAACCAUUGAAAUAUCGAUACCCAUUCAUGGCGCUGGCGCAUUUGCCUUCUAUACAACUUAUGCCCCUCUUCCGGAUCUCGAGGAAACUGCGGUUAAAACGAUCAAACCUACACAAACACCCACCUACUACAUUGAUGUGGCUCCGCGAUUGACGUUGGAAGGGAAGCAGACCCCGUUGGCAGCGUUGUCGAUUUUCUCCCUGAUCUCCAAAUUCAUGGGCAAAUAUCCAACGGACUGGGACAAGCAUCUUAGGGGCAUCAGUGAACGAGGCUACAACAUGAUUCAUUUCACACCUUUACAGCAACGGGGCGCUUCUAAUUCGCCGUAUAGUAUAUAUGAUCAAUUGGCUUGGGAUCCAGAGAACUUCCCCAAUGGAGAGUCAGAUGUUAAGAAAUUGGUCGAUAGUAUGGAGAAAAAGUAUAGUUUACUCGGUCUCACUGAUGUAGUUUGGAAUCAUACCGCGGACAACAGCAAGUGGUUACAAGAACAUCCAGAGGUCGGAUAUAACGUUUCAACUGCCCCUUGGCUACGAUCUGCUCUGGAAUUGGACACUGAGCUUCUCGAAUUCAGCAAGAACCUCAGCAAACUCGGUCUGCCAACAAAUUUGAAUUCGGAGGAUGAUUUGCUCAAAAUAAUGGAUAGUCUGAAAAAAGAAGUCAUUGCCAAAUUGAAGCUCUGGCAAUACUACGUAAUCGACGUUGAGCGCGAUGCAGAUGCUGCGGUCGAAUCGUGGUCGAAGGGUGAUAUUUCUUUCCCAGCAGAAGGCUUUGGUGGAUCUGACUUUGGCGGACUCGAAACCAUCAAGAACUCGACUCCAGCGCAGCAAUCCGAAUUUUUAAACCGGUCUGGUCUUCGUGGGAAGGACCGUUUAGGUGAACGUUAUUACCGCAGUGUGGAUCCCUCGAUAGGUGCAGCUUUAUUGACUGCAAUCUAUGGUCGUUUCCAAGGUGACGCGUCCAACUCUGCUGAUCGCGGAGCUGCACGCAGUCACAUCGUCAAGGUGUUGGAUGAGCUGAAUUUGCCCAUGUACAAGGAGUACGAUAGCGAUGUCGCAGAGCUUCUUGAACAAGUCUUCAACAGGACAAAGUACACUCGACUUGACGCUCACGGACCUAAGCUCGGCGAGAUCAACCUCAAAAACCCUCUUAUCGAAUCUUAUUUCACGAGACUCCCAAAGAACCCAAUCACCGCCAAGCACAACCAAGAAGAUCUUGCACUGGUCAACAAUGGCUGGAUAUGGGCAGCGAAUGCUCUCGUCGACAAUGCUGGACCUCAGUCCCGUGCGUACCUCCGUAGAGAAGUCAUCGUGUGGGGUGAUUGUGUAAAGCUUCGAUAUGGAAAGUCCAAGGAGGAUAGUCCUUUCUUGUGGGAAUAUAUGGCAAAAUAUACUCGGCUGAUGGCGAAGUAUUUUGCUGGUUUCAGAAUCGACAACUGCCAUUCCACUCCUAUCCACGUUGCAGAAUAUUUGCUUGACGAGGCUAGACGGGUACGACCCAAUCUGUUUGUCGUUGCCGAGCUAUUUACUGGCUCAGAGGAGAUGGAUUACGUCUUUGUGAAGCGUCUGGGAUUGAGCUCGCUCAUUCGUGAAGCCAUGCAAGCGUGGUCAACUGGAGAACUGAGCCGUCUCGUGCACCGACACGGAGGCAGGCCAAUUGGCAGCUUUGAGGUGGACGAGGUUUCCGGUGCCGAUACAAAGGCUUCUCCUACCAACGGCGAGACGAACGGUACAUCACAACGCGAAAUUAUUCGUCGUAUCAAGCAGACGCCAGUUCAUGCUCUGUUCAUGGAUUGUACUCACGAUAACGAAGUUCCAGCUCAGAAGCGAGAUGCCAGAGACACUUUGCCUAACGCUGCUCUUGUUAGCAUGUGUUCAAGUUCGACAGGUAGUGUUAUGGGUUACGAUGAGAUCUAUCCAGAGCUGGUCGAUCUCGUCCAUGAGACAAGACUGUACUCAUCUCCCUCCUCGAGCAAGCAAGUUGUAGUUGGUGGCGGUGAAGGAGGUAUUGGUGGCAUCAAGAAGCUCUUGAACCAGAUCCAUACUCUCAUGGGCAAAGACGGAUAUGACGAAACUCACAUCCAUCACGAAGACCAGUACGUCACCGUACACCGCGUCCACCCUGAGUCCCGAAAAGGAUACUUCUUGAUCGCACAUACCGCAUACCCAGGUUACGGCAAUGGUAACGGCGGAUUUGCUCCAGUCCAUCUGGGUGGUACCAAAGCUCGACAUCUCGGGAGCUGGAUGCUCGAAGUCGAUGUCAGCGAGGAAGCAAAGAAGGCUGUGAUGGAAGACAAGAAGACCUUGAGGGGCUUACCAAGCAAGGUGGUUGAUCUUCCAGGAGUCAGAAUGGAGACCAAGGGCGACGAGACAAUCAUCACCGUUCGUGAUAAAUUUCCUCCUGGAAGCAUUGCGUUGUUUGAGACAUGGAUUCCUAGUGCUGAGCACUCAUCUGGUCUUGACACUUUCGUAACUUCAGGUGCAAAAGCCGCUUUCUCCAAACUUGACCUUGUCGAUUUGAACUUUGUCUUGUAUCGAUGUGACGCAGAGGAACUGGACUCCAGUGAAGGCAAGGAUAGCGUCUAUGAAAUUCCUGGACACGGGAAGCUUGUUUAUGCAGGUUUCCAAGGAUGGUGGAGUGUCCUUAAGAACAUUAUCAAGGAUAAUAACUUGGCUCAUCCCCUAUGCCAGCACCUCCGAGAGGGGCAGUGGGCACUUGAUUAUAUCGUUGGGCGAUUGGAGAGAAUCUCGAAGAAGUCAGGCUACGAGAGGUUGUCAAAACCCGCAACCUGGCUGAAAGAAAGAUUCGAUGCGAUCCGAAAAAUCCCAAGCUUUUUGUUACCAAGAUACUUUGGUCUAGUCAUCCGAACCGCGUAUAUGGCUGCGUGGGAACGGGGUCUGGAAAUGAUGGGUGAGAAUGUUCAAAAAGGACAAUGGUUCUUGAAGAGUCUUGCCAUGGUCAGUGUACAACAAUCCGGAUUUGUCAAGUCUUCUUCAUUAUAUCCCAAGAAGGCUGUCCCAUGCUUGGCAGCAGGAUUACCACAUUUCGCAGUCGAGUGGGCGAGAUGUUGGGGUCGUGAUGUUUUCAUCUCUGCUAGAGGUCUUUACCUUGGAACAGGUAGAUAUGCCGAGUGUAGAGAACACAUUUUAGCAUUUGCCAGCGUUAUGAAACACGGUAUGGUACCCAACCUGCUCAGCAGCGGAGACAACCCCCGGUACAACGCCAGGGAUGCUAUUUGGUUUAUGUUGCAGACGAUUCAAGACUACGUCAACAUUGUUCCAAAUGGUAUCGACAUCCUCAAGGAGAAAAUAGCAAGACGCUUCUUGCCUUACGAUGACACCUACUUUGAGGUUGAUGAUCCAAGAGCUUAUUCAAAGACAUCGACACUGGAAGAUAUCAUUCAAGAAGCUCUUCAGCGUCAUGCUACUGGCAUGAAAUUUCGUGAAGCAAAUGCUGGUCCAAACCUCGACAUGCAAAUGAGUUCUGGUGGUUUUGAUCAAGCAAUCUCAGUGGAUUGGUCCACCGGUAUUAUCUUUGGUGGAAACCAAGACAACUGUGGAACCUGGAUGGACAAGAUGGGCGAAAGCGAUAAAGCAGGAAGCAAAGGUGUACCGGGCACACCACGUGACGGAGCAGCUAUCGAAAUUACUGGCCUCCACUACAGCACAAUGCUGUGGUUAGCCAAGCUUCACAAGGAAGGCAAAUACAAGUAUGCUGGUGUGAGCACAUCCGAAAAGGAUCAUAAAGUCAUCACAUUCGCAGACUGGGCCGCACUCGUCAAGAAGAAUUUCGAGCGAUGCUACUAUGUUCCUCUUGACUCCAAGGAUGACAAGAAUUACGACAUCAACCCCAAGAUUGUCAAUCGCAGAGGCAUGUACAAAGAUCUUUACAAAUCCGGCAAGGAAUAUGAAGACUACCAACUCCGUCCCAACUUCCCAAUCGCCAUGACCGUCGCUCCAUCUCUUUUCGAACCAAGACACGCCCGCAACGCUCUCCUUCUCGCAGAUAAAGUCCUUCGCGGCCCAACUGGAAUGGCUACUCUCGACCCGGCAGAUCUCAACUACCGUCCAUACUACAACAACAGCGAAGACAGCCACGACUUUGCUACUUCCAAGGGACGAAAUUACCAUCAAGGUCCUGAGUGGUUGUGGCCUACUGGAUUCUUCCUUCGCGCGCUUCUGCAUUUUGAUCUUCAACGUAGAGAGGGACCGGAGGGCAAGACCGAGGCGUUCCAACAGAUUACGCGGAGACUGGCGGGGUGUAAGGAGGCAAUUGUUGAGAGUCCUUGGGCGGGAUUGACGGAGUUGACGCAGAAGAAUGGGGAGUAUUGUGCUGAUUCUUCACCGACUCAGGCGUGGAGUGCCGGGUGUCUUAUCGAUCUCUAUCAUGACGCGGCGCAGUAUGAUGUUAGUCAACUCUCUGAAUGA